AAUGAGUUGUUGAAUAUUAUUAAGGAGCGAAUUAAACUCAGCUUCUCCUAAAGAUGGAUCACCAUCACAGAAACUCCAGUGACGAAAACAAAGCUUCAGAUCAGAUUAUUAAAAAACGUCCUUCAUUCAACGGUGAUGGGAAUCAACCAGAGGAGAUUGUUCAAUGGAAAACCGAAACUUUUUAUGAACUGAAAAGAAGCAUUGAGGAACUGAACUCAGAAUUCGAGAGAAAUGAUCAAACUCUCAUUAGUCAAAUAAAGGAACUGAAUGCCAUCACUGAUGAACUUGCAUCUGUGCACAAGAACACUACGAUGGGCAGUUUAGCAGGAACAGUAAUGGGAGCAGCUGGAGGAGUCACAACACUAGCAGGUCUGGCUUUAUCGCCGUUCACAUUCGGUGCUUCUUUGGCUCUUACUGCUGUUGGUGUUGCUGCUGGAGUAGCUGGAGGAGCGACAGGUGCAACAUUCAGCAUCACUAACAUGAUCAAGCAGAAAAACCUACGACAGACAAUUGAGAAGAUCAUCAAUGAUUUCCAGAACACAAUCAACCCAAUGAUUCAGCUUCUGAGUGCAAUAUCUAACAGCACAGAAGCGAUCGAACAGCUGGAGAAGCAGAUGUUCAAGCAGCAGGAAGGUGCAGAAGCAGUGAGAGGUGCUGCUCAUUUAUUAAAGAUCGCAUAUGUAGCUGAAGUGGCUCAGAUGGGAAAGCGUGUGCAGAGGCUGCUAAAGCUUUCCAUGCGGCUGCAAAAACGGUUCAUAUGGCAGUGGCGAUCACUGGCGCGCUCUCUGCUCUGUUUCUUGCUCUUGAUGUUGUUGGCAUUGUUCAAGAUUUCACAGAGAUCUCUGAAAUGAAACAACCAGCAGACGAGAGAAAAGCGGAGGACAUCAAAUCAGAAACUCUGAAAUUUAUUCAUCAGAUGAGAGAAACAGCUGCUCAGUUUCAGAAGACUCUGAAUGAAAUUAAA